AUGAAAUCUCUCGCACGAUCAACCAUAUGGUGGCCACGUAUCGAUCAUCAAAUUGAAGAAUUCGCGCAUAAUUGCUCAACUUGCCAGAAACACGCACCUAACGAACCAGAGACACCAUUGUUCCUGUGGAAUACCCCUCAAAAUCCGUGGGAGCGUAUUCACAUCGAUUACACAGGACCAUACGAAAAUAAACACUGGUUCGUGGUGAUCGACGCUCAUUCGCGUUGGCUAGAGAUAUUUCCGGUCCCUUCACCCACCUCAGCCAACACAAUCAGAUGUCUACGCGCACUCAUAGCUAGAUACGGUGUAUGCGAAGCGAUUGUAUCCGACAACGGAACUGCUUUUACCUCGGAAGAAUUUCGCAACUUCUGCAAGUCGAAUGGUAUCCGUACAAUAUACACCACACCGUACCACAGCCGAUCAAACGGACGUGUCGAACGAGCGAUAAGAACGUUCAAAUGGCGUUUCACUAAAGCCGCCGAUCAAUUUCAAGAUCCGGAGCACCGUCUGCAAGCAAUGCUAUUCGCAUAUCGCUCAACCGUUCAUAGCUCAACCGGAAAAACCCCAGCAGAGCUUUUCUUAAAAAGAAAGUUACGUACAACGUUCGACACACUAAAACCCCAAAAUAAGGAAAAUGAAAAUGCCCUCAAACAGAAGAUCCGGCAUGACGAAAAUAAAAAGGAACUCGUAUUCGACGUUGGCGACGAAGUCUUCACAAAGAAGAGCAAUGAGAAAACCUGGACGAAGGGGAAAAUCGUUGAAAAAAAAGGUCCAUUGUCUUAUACGGUCAGCUCCGACGAUAAUCGCACCACUCGGGUCCACAGUGAUCACUUGAGAAGAAGUGAACGAGAUCGCCGACAGCCAGCUCGUUUCCGCGAUCAGUGA